AUGGCUAGCUUACUACGCCUGCUCCGAACACAGUACACUCUCCCAGUCGACCCAACAGUCUCCUUUGCCGGCAAAACCGUCGUCUUGACUGGAGCCACGUCUGGCCUGGGUUUUGAAGCUGCCAUCAAGCUUCUGAAUUUAGGCGUGGAGUCGCUAAUAAUCGGCAGUCGCAGCCUAGAACGAGGAGAUGCAACCAAAACCGAGCUGGAAAAGCGCACGACCAGACAGGGAGUGAUCCAAGUAUGGGAGCUGGACAUGAACAGUUUCCAAAGCGUCAAGACCUUUGCGAGUCGCAUUCAAAAGGAAAUCAAGCAGCUAGACAUCGCACUCCUCAAUGCAGGUCUCUGUCAUAAAGUGUAUACCGCAUCACCGGAGGGAUGGGAAGAAACGCUGCAGGUUAACGCGUUGUCCACUUCUCUAUUGGCGCUUCUGCUCCUUCCGAAGCUAAGAGACAGCUCAUCUGACUCGAACCCGGCGCAUCUUGCUGUCGUUUCCAGCCAGCAGUUUGUUCAGGUCAAGGCUACGAGUCUCCGGACGGAGGGGCCACUAUUGGAGCAUUUGAAUGAUCCACGACACUUUAGUGGGACAAGGCAGUACGGCAUCUCUAAGCUGCUGCUGGAGUAUGCUCUGAAGACGGUGGCUGAUCGAGUACGGAAUGAGAAUGGAACUCUCCCAGUCAUUGUUAAUACGAUAAGCCCGGGACUGUGUGUGUCGUCGCUUGGACGGCAGUAUGGUCGAUUCUAUGAGCGAUGGGUUGUUUGGCUGUUCUAUAAGCUCUUUGCUCGCACAGCAGAGCAAGGAAGUCGGUCGCUAGUUAGUGCCACAUACCAGGGAGCAGAAUCACACGGAAAAUGCUGGAGGAGUGACGGGUAUUUGGACGAAUUCACUGCGCUGACAACGGGAACGGAAGGAAAGGAAUUCCAGGUCAAGGCGUGGAAGGAGAUCAUUGAGAUUCUUCAAGAGCAGUCUCAGAUGAUCGGUGCCAUGCAAACCGGCCCUCAGCAUCAUCACCAGCAGAGUAAACCAUCUCGACCAUCCCCCAACCCCUCUUCUAGUGGAGUCCCACCUCGGGUUCCCGUCACGAGUGCGCACAUGAACAAGCCAUUACCCGCACCAGCAGCAAACCAACACCGGACUCAUCCACUGCACCCAUCCCCACCUCCACAGAACUAUGGGUUUGGGCCACCCCCUUCCCAGCCUGUGCGCAAUCGGCCCCAGCCCUCAUCUCGGCCCCCACGGUCUCCAAACCCGCCUCCGUUGGCUGUCCCUGAUGACGAUCCGCAACAACUCUUCCCGCUGUUUCGCGCCGCCAACGCAUCCCACACUGGUUCACUGACCGAGUUGGAGCUGGGCUCCGCUCUGGUGAAUGGCGAUUUCACCUCGUUUCACCCUAAGACGGUGAAGAUGAUGAUCCGCAUGUUUGACCGGAAUAGCAGUGGAACGAUCUCGUUCGACGAGUUUGUGUCGCUAUGGCGCUACCUAGCCGCGUGGCGGGAGCUAUUUGACCGAUUCGAUGUCGACCGUAGCGGGCGCAUCAGCCUCCAGGAGUUUGAGAACGCACUCCUCGCAUUCGGAUACCGACUAAGCCAGCCGUUUGUGACGGUGCUUUUCACCACAUUUGAGAGCAAGGGACGACAAAUGAGUGGUGGGCCUGCUCACCCCGGAAAGAUGGGAAUGAGCUUCGACCUGUUUGUGCAGGCGUGUAUCAGCUUGAGACGGAUGACGGACGUGUUCAAGCGGUAUGACGAUGACCGCGAUGGUUACAUUACUGUGAGCUUUGAGGAGUUCUUAACUGAAAUCCUGCAACUACAGGACUAG